CGGGCAGCUCGGGAGGGUUGUCACGCCUGGGCACUGUAAACAAUCGGUCCCCGCCAUUUCUCGCCGCUGCCGCCUCGCCUCCUUUAAUUUCCCUCCACAGGAGACUGAAAGAAGACAGAAACAAGAGGAAGAGUGUGUGUUCGUGUGUGUGUGUGUGUGAGGUGAUAUAAACAGACAAGAAGAAGAGGAAAAAAAAGAAGCGACUGAAGAGUGGGAGAAAAGAGACACGACAUUACAUCGAGAGUGAGUGAGUGAGAGGGAAGAAAGACACUCACUCACCACUCACCACCGUCACCACCAUCAUGUCAGUCCAUCCCCCCCCCAAGAGGAAGGAGAUCUAUAAGUAUUCGGCGCCAUGGACCCUGUACAGCAUGAACUGGUCUGUGCGCCCCGACAAGAGGUUCAGGCUGGCGGUGGGCAGCUUCGUGGAGGAGUACAACAACAAGGUACAAAUCGUACAGCUGGACGAGGACACCUCAGAGUUUGUGGUACGCUCCACCUUUGACCACCCCUACCCCACCACCAAGAUCAUGUGGAUACCAGACAGUAAGGGCAUCUACCCCGACCUCCUGGCCACCAGCGGGGACUACCUGAGGGUGUGGCAGCAGGGCUCCGACGGCGACACACGCAUGGCCUGCCUCCUCAACAACAACAAAAACUCGGACUUCUGCGCGCCCCUCACCUCCUUCGACUGGAACGAGGUGGAGCCCAACCUUAUCGGCACCUCUUCCAUCGACACCACCUGCACCAUCUGGGGGCUGGAGACGGGGCAGAUGCUGGGGCGCGUUAACGUUGUCUCGGGGCACGUCAAGACCCAGCUCAUCGCCCACGACAAGGAGGUGUUCGACAUUGCCUUCUCCCGAGCUGGUGGCGGCAGGGACAUGUUUGCGUCUGUGGGAGCUGACGGGUCUGUGCGCAUGUUUGACCUCCGCCACCUUGAGCACUCCACCAUCAUUUACGAGGACCCUGCCCACACUCCGCUGCUCCGCCUGGCAUGGAACAAACAGGACCCAAACUACCUCUCCACCGUGGCCAUGGACGCCUGCGAGGUGAUCAUCCUUGACGUGCGUGUUCCCUGCACCCCCGUGGCGCGCCUCAACAACCACCGCGCCUGCGUCAACGGCAUCGCCUGGGCACCACACUCCUCUGUGCACAUCUGUACCGCAGGGGAUGACCACCAGGCGCUGAUAUGGGACGUCCAGCAGAUGCCCCGCGCCAUCGAGGACCCCAUACUGGCCUACACCGCGGCCGAGGGGGAGAUUAACCAGAUCCAGUGGGGGGCGACACAGCCAGACUGGAUCGCCAUUUGCUACAAUAAGUGUUUGGAGAUCCUGAGAGUGUGAGACAGAGAAGGAGGAGGAGGAGGAGGAGGUCGUGUGUGUGAGUGUGUGUGUGUGUAAUGAGAAUGUCUGUAUGUGUGUGUGUGUGAAGGGAGAUGUGUGUGUGUGUGUGUGUGUAAGGACUUGCGUGGGUGUUUUUUUAGCAUUUUAGGAUAUUUGAACACACACACACACACACACACACACACACACACUUGCCUUCCUCCUCUAAUUCUUACCUUCCAGUUCAAUUUUUUUCUCAUUUCUUUUUCAGUCAUUCAAUAUUUUCCUUCCUUCAUUUGUACUUUUCUUCAUUUCCUUUGUUUUUCCUUUCUCUCCAUUUCUCCAUUUCAUUCUCUCUUCCUAUUUUCUUCUUUAUUCCUCUCUGUCUCCUUUCUUCUUAUCUCCCCUUGUUUUUCUCCUUUCCCUUCCUUUCUCUCCAUCCUUGUUCUUCUCCUUUCCUUCCUCCAUCCUUUCUUUCCCUAUUCCUUUCCUGUUUCUCUUUCUCUCCUUUUUAACCUUCCUUUCUUUCUUGCCUUGUUCUUCUUUUCCUUUCCUUCCUUCCUUUCUUGUUCCUCUCUCUCCUUUCUAUAUUUCUCACCUUGUUCUUCUCCUUUCCUUUCCUUCCUUUCUUUCCUUAUUCAUUUAUUCCUCUCUCUCUUUCCUUCCUCCUUCCUUUCUUUUGCUAUUCUCUCUCUCCUUUCUUCCUUCCUCUCCUUCAUUUCUAAACCUCAGGGACAUCAUCUUCUUCCUCCUCCUCCUCUUCCUCAUCUUUCUAUAUAUGUUUGCUCAAUUCAAUUCUAGUUUUCAAUUCUUAAGAGGUUUUUGUUUAUAUAUCUCAGGCCAUUGUUUACUUAGCUCUCACAUACACACACACACACACACACACACACACAUCUAAGCUAACCAUUCACUGUAUAGAUGUAGGAAAGGAUGAAGAUGAGGAGGAGGAGGAAGAAGAAGAAGAAAAAGAAGAAGGGAGUUGAGUUAUGCAAGGAAAGGAUGUAUGUAGAGAGAGAGAGAAGAGAGAGAAGAGAGAGAAGAGAGAGAGAGAGAGAGAGAGAGAGAGAGAGAGAGAGAGAAUGAAUGCAAGGAAGGUAGAAAGAGGGAGGUAGAGAGAGAAGGGGAGGGAAAGGAUGCAAGAAAGAGUGAGAGAGAGAGAAGGAAGAGGAGUGAGUUACUGAGGAGAAAGAGAGAGGAGGGAAAGGAAGAUGAAGAGGAGGAAGGGAAGAAUGCAAGAAAAAUGGGAAACAAUCAUCAACUCAUCUCUAUUUCAUUCAUAUGUUAAUUAUUCUCGACAUUUUGCGCUGUACACGACCUUCCGAAGACAGACAGACAGACGGACGGAGAGGCAGCCAGCGUUGACCUCCUCCCUCGACACACACACACACACACACACAAGACUAUUCCUCUAUUCUGUGUGUCUGUGUGUGUGCUAGAAAAACUGCAUCUGUGUGGCUGGCUGGUGUAAGGCUGACUCUGGGUUGCCUCUGAUGUGUUCAUUGGCUUUUCAGUACAUGUUGAGGGACUUUGAGUAAUGGUACAGGGGUAGACUUGAUGGGAUAGUGUGUACAGAGUCUCCAUCAUAUGCUGUGAGGUUCAGAGCUGUUUUUUUUUUAGCAUAUCAGCGCCCCAAAAUGCAUAUUCGAUUAGGCUUUCGUAGGAGUGUUGGGCUUCAUUUCCAGGGAUAGUUUUGUGACCCUGGUGGUAGUGUGACUCUUUCUCUGUACCGUGAACCUAAGAGAGACAUUUGACAAGGCUUUCGUAGGAGUUGUGUGGGUACAUUUCCAGGGAUAGUUUUAUGACCCUGGUGGUAGUGUGACUCUUCCUCUGUACCAUGAACUUAAGAAACGGACAUUUGACCAGGCUUUCAUAGAAGUUCAGGGUUCAUUUCCAGGGGUAGUUUUGUGACCCUGGUAGUAGUUUAAUCCUUCCUCUGUACCAUGAACCUAAGAAACGGACAUUUGACAAGGCUUUCAUAGGAGUUUGGUGGCCAUUUCCUGGGGUAGUUUUGUAACCCUGGUGGUAGUCUGACCCUUCCUCUGUACCGUGAACCUAAGAAAGACAUUUGACAAGGCUUUUGUAGGAGUUUUGGGGGCAUUUUCAAUCUGACACAUACUAACACAACCACCUCUAUGAAAACCUUAUCAAAUGUGUGUGUGUGUGUGUGUUGAAACGUUUAAGAAUGUGAAACUAAGAAGGAGAAAAAGAAAGAAGGAUGAGAGAGAGAGAGAGAGAGAGAGAGAGAGAGAGAGAGAGAGAGAGAGAGAGAGAGAGAGAGAGAGAGCACAUUAACCCAGCUAUCUCACAUCUACUUGAAUCCAUUUUGUAAUUUUAUAUAAUGCUAAAAUUAGGGUGUUCUGAUAGAGUGUCAAUCCCUGUUGCUGUCUGUCUAUCCAUCUAUGUGUCCGUCUGUCUGUGUAGAGUAACAUAAUGGCUAUUCCCUCCCUCCCUGUGUGUGUGUGUGUGUAGGAGGAAGAGAAGGAAUGAGGAAGAAUGGAGAGGAGGAGAGGAAAGAGAGAGAGAAAAAGAAUUAAAAGGAAGAUGUCUGUGUGUGUGUGUACGUGUGCGUGUGUGUAACCAUACCACCAUCACCCCCAUUCUUUCCUUACACACCCCAUCACCAUUUCCUUAUACUAACCAGUGGGGAGCAUACGGCUGGGGGUGCGUUGCUUCACUCACCAUCACCCAUACGUAAGAUUCAGCCCUUUACCAACCCAUCAACCACAACUAUUGCCAACCAUACUGCCAUCACCAUUACUUCUACUACUAUCACAGACUGGGGUAGAUACGUAACGAGACAAAAGAAAGCCCUGUUGGUAUUGUACGUCUGUGUCAGCCCAUUCCAUUUUGACCACGUGACCUUUAACCUUGGUUGGCGUUGGGAGUGUUUGAGUCCACCCUGGGUCAAGUCAGUUAUCUGUAUCCAUCAUUUACCCUCAUUCAUAUUGUGUCUCGUGAAGCUAACUUAAUUUUCCACAAGCUCCUCCUCAUGAAUGCUUCUUUUUAUGUCGAACGGAAUUAUGGAGAGAUUGGAAUAUGUGACUGACUGACUGGCUUUUCUUUUUACACCAGAAGACACGGGUCAAGGGCAAUAAAAAGAGCACAAAAAAAAGACCGCUACUCGCUGCUCCUAUAAAAGAUAAAAGCAAAGAGUAGCCAAAAGAGAGGUCAAUUUCGGGUGGAGAGCUGUCUUGAUACACUCUUCUUGAAAUCCAGUUUACCAGUGUAUGGGAUGAAAGAAUGGAGAUGCUGGUUAACUCUUGCAUAAGGGGUUUGGACAGUAUAGGGAUGAGGAUGAGUAGAAAGUCGUGUUCAGCGGGGCCACGGGAAGGGGGGAGGCAUGCAGUUAGAAAGUUCAGAAGAGCAGUCAGUGUGAAAAUAACGAUAGAAGAUAGAGAGGCAACAUGGCGGUGGAAUUUAAGAGGUAGAAGACUAUCAGAGGAGGAGAGCUGAUGAGAUGACUGACUGUAAUUGGCUGACUGACUGACUGAUAGAUUGAAUAACAGCAAAAACAGACUGGAUAGGGUAUAGAAAUGAGGUGGAGAGAGAGAGAGAGAGAGAGUUUGUAAUAAGUGUGUAAGGUUCUAAGUGAAUAUGGGAAUGAGUGAUGAGUGAAUGAGGUGAGUAUGAGUGUGUUUAGAGUGAGUAUAUGUAUGUAAGUGUGAGUGAGGAAGUGAGGUGGAGUGAGUUUGUGAAUGAGUUAGUAAAAGUAUGAAUGAGAGUGAGUGAGUGAGAGAGAGAAAGUGAGCUAAGUUAGUUUGUGAAUGAGUCCGUGUAUGUAUGAAUGAGUAAGUGAGUGAGAAAGUGAGAUGAAGAUAGUUUGUGAAUGAGAGUGAGAGAGAAAGUGUGCUGAAGAUAGUUUGUGAAUGAGUUAAGUCAAGGUAAGAAUGAGUACUGAGUGAGUGAGUGAGUCCCCAUUGUCCUUCAUAUGUCAAGUACCUUCUAAGCGCUGUAAAAUAAAGGUUUUUUAAUUAUC